AUGGUCGAAAUCGACUGGGCAUUCUGCCUCUCCUUCCCAUUCGGCGUCCUCAAAACUCUGCAUGUCAUCGCUCCGUUCGCAUUUCUGAUCACCGUAUACCUGGGGCCAUACAUUUACAGCGGAGUGGGGUUCACGCUUCUGGUUGGAUGGAUGUCUUUCACAACAAAUACAUUCAUUUUGAUUAUGUACUUGCUGGGAAUUCAUCGAAAGGACUUGGAAACGAACGGCAACAGCAUCAUGUUUUUCGCGGUCACAAUUGCUGUAGGUUGGAGAAGAUUGUGGAAUAUCUCGAGAUUGUGUGUAAAUCUUGAGCUGAAAUUUUCAGGAAUCAAUUUUCACUGUAGAUUUUAGAUUUGGGUUGAAUUUGAAGAAAAUGUAGCCGUCCAACUUUGAGAAAUUUUUAUAUUAAUCUAGCUACCCAUGUAUAACAAAAAAAAAUUUUUACGACGAAAAUUUGUUGUUUUAAAAGUUUAGUGAGGAGUUUAAUGUUAAUGUGGCUUCAUAUUAAGCAUUGUGCUUUCCAGGACUUCUUUGCCAACGCCUUAUUUGGAGCGUUAUUUUUGAUUUCAACAUUCAUCAAUGCAAUCGCCAUGAUCAGCGGAAUCGAACAUCGGUUUUCAUUGUUCUUGACAUAUCUGUUUGCAACGGUAAGCAUAAAUAAGCUCGGUGAAGGAUGCUCAGUAGAUUUUUGACUUGAUUUGAGAGGAAAAAAUCCAAUUUUGAGAGAAAAAUUCCAAUUUUGUCUUAUUUUUUAUAUUGUUUAUGACAGUUUUAGCCUAAAACAAGGUGAUUUGACCCAAAUUUUGAUGUUUAAAAUACAUAACAGGGAUUUUAGAAUAUGUUGAGAUCAGUUUUACACAGGAUUCUUUCAGAUUUUCUGCAUAAUCUCGACGAUUUCGAUGAUUUAUUACGUGAUCCGCAUCUAUCGCGCCUGUCCCAACGGAAACCUCUCAAAUCUCAAGUAUCUGGUGGUGAAUGGCAAAGAUAUCACACUCAGAGAAGGGUUCGGCUACAGCUCUCAAUCCGGUGGGCCAAGACAGUAUGCCUAA